AAGAAGGAUGUCUUUUUUGACUAGCCUCAGAGUUCAGGGUAUUAUAAUUCUAUGGGUCGCUGGUGUCAUAGAAGCAGUUCCCGUGACCAGUGAGUACAUGCAGACGAGGACACAGCUGAUUUCCGAAGGCAGCUCCAGAAGAAUUGGCGGGAAGCUGGUGCUGAAUCCAGAUGAACAGAUCGUCAAUGGAAUCAUCAUGAAGGAAAAGAGAAAACUCAUGGACCAGAGCCGACUUAACAGCACUGUGUAUGUACCCGCGCAGAGUUUCUACAUCUCCAAGCCGCUGAUUGAGAAUUCGACUUUGUUGAAGCUGAUUCGGCGGAUGCCCAAAGGGGCGGCGCUACAUCUCCAUGACACGUCGGCCACCAGCUUGGACUGGCUGAUCAAGAACGCCACCUACCGGGAUCAUGUCUACAUGUGUGUGGCUGCUGAUGGCUUCAUCAAUUUCCGGGCGUUCCUGAACCCACCUGAAAAUCCAAGCUGUGUCUGGAAAUCUGUGAAAGAUGAAAGAGCUCAGGCAGACAAUGUGGAGGAAUUUGAUCUGAAUUUGAAGAGAAACCUCACCCUGAUGGUCUCCGACCCCCUGACCACAUACAGAGACAACGCCCAUGUUUGGGUACGGUUUGUGCGCUAUUUCCGGCAGGUACAAAACUUGGUUUACUACACUCCGAUCUUCAGGGACUACUUCUGGAGAAUUCUGGAAGAGUUCCGAACUGAAAAUGUCCAGUACAUAGAGCUAAGGAGUGGUUUACAAGGGGUCUUUGACUUGGACGGCACGGUUCACGACGCCGAGUUUGCCGUUCAGAUCUACCAGAAGACAGUUCAAGAGUUUGUGCAACGGUUCCCAGAUUUCAGCGGUGCCCGGAUCAUCAUGUCUGGCGUUAGGAACUCUCCAUACGAUACCAUUCUCAGCCAGGUCAAGACAGCCAUGGCCUUGAACCAGAAGUACCCGGAUGUCAUGGUCGGCUAUGAUCUUUCAGGAAACGAAGCUUUCUUUCAUCCCAUCAUCUUUUACAUCGACGCGCUUCUCUACCCGGGAAGACAAAACCCACCCGUCAAACUGCCGUACUUCUUUCAUGCGGGAGAAACAAAUUGGCAAGGUACAGAGACGGAUAACAACAUGCUGGACGCUCUUCUCCUGAACGCCACCAGGAUUGGCCACGCCUAUGCGCUGCCCAAGCGACCCGAGCUGCUACAGAUGGUUAAGGAGAAAAACGUUCCUUUGGAAGUGAACCCGUUAUCUAACCAGAUGCUUCACCUGGUCUCGGAUCUCCGCAAUCAUCCAAUGGUCACUCUGAUGGCUGAGGACUUUCCCAUUGUCAUCAGCUGUGACGACUUCGCCGUUUGGGAAGCCUUGCCUCUGUCCCAUGACAUCUACGUGGCGUUCAUGGACAUGUCUGCCCGGGAUGCCGACCUGACCUUUCUCAAACAGCUGGCUAUUAACUCCAUCAAGUAUAGCGUCAUGGAAACCAGUCAGAAGGAAGCUGCAAUGAACCUGUGGGAAACCAAGUGGAACCAGUUUAUACACGAGGUGGUCCAGGAGCAAAAUGCAGGUAGUGGCUCCACAGACGAGACUGUGUAG